AUGAGAUUCUCUAUCGCUCUAGUUUCUGGUACGGUCUUGGGAGCAGCCAGUGCCGACAUCUUCUCCUUCUCGGCAAGCUCAGAUGAUCUGAAACUAGCCAGCAAAGACACGGCCCCUGUCAUUGCUCUGUGUAAAGAUGAAUCCUGGGCCGUGCAAAGGACAGCCCAGGAUCUUGCAUGGGAUUUCGGCCGCGUCGUUGGACUCAACGGCACCGUGACGAUUGUCGAUGGAAAUCGCGACAACCUUGCGACUUGGAGCUCCUCCCGAGGCCGUGGCGACACCCCCAUCAUCGUUGCAGGGACUGUAGGCCACUCGCGUUUGAUUGACGGGCUCAUAUCUGAGCGCAAGCUCGAUGUUUCGAGUAUCAAAGGGAAGUGGGAGUCGUACACGACACAGGUCAUUCGUAAUCCUAUUAAUGGCGUCUCUUGGGCACUGGUUAUUACGGGUAGCGAUAGACGUGGCACAAUCUACGGCCUAUACGAUAUGUCGGAGCAGAUCGGAGUAUCACUAUGGUACUGGUGGGCUGAUGUCCCAGUUCAGAAAAAGCAGGCCAUUUGGAUUGGAAGUUCCGGCAAAGUUCAAGGCCCGCCCUCUAUCAAGUAUCGAGGCUUCUUCAUCAACGACGAGGCUCCAGCUCUAGCUGGGUGGAUAGCCGAGAAAUUCCCGGGCGGUUUCGGUAGCGACUUCUAUCGGCUUGUCUUCGAAUUGUGUCUUCGUCUCAAGGGCAAUUAUGUAUGGCCUGCGAUGUGGGGAAAGAUGUUCUACGUCGACGAUGCUCUGAACGGAAAGCUUGCUGAUGACUUUGGCGUCAUCAUGGGCACAAGUCACCACGAGCCUAUGGCCAGGUCAGAGAGGGAGCAGCAGAUUUACCUUAACGGGACUUGGGACUGGAUUUCGAACCGGGACAAUAUCAUCAAAUUUUUCAAGGAUGGCAUCGCUCGUGCUCGCACGUGGGAUACUAUGUGGACGAUGGGGAUGCGGGGAAGUGGCGAUGUCGCUUCGCCAACUCUGACAGCCCCGGCCCUUGAGGAUAUCAUCCAGGUCCAACAGUCAUUGUUGGAACAGGGGCUUAAUACGACCAACCUUACGAGUAUCCCCCAAACAUGGGUACUCUAUAAAGAAGUAGGAGAGUACUAUAAGGCUGGUCUGAAAGUUCCUGACUCUGUUACACUCCUUUGGACCGACGACAACUCCGGUAAUCUUUUAAGGGUCCCCUUGGCGAAUGAGACAAGCCGCACUGCUGGCGCUGGAGUGUAUUACCAUUUCGAUUAUGUAGGUGGCCCCCGUAGCUACAAGUGGAUCAACACAAUCCAGUUGGUAAAGACUUGGGAACAAAUGUCUUUCGCAUACACCCGGGGCGCCCGCCAGAUUUGGAUUGCCAACAUUGGCGAUAUCAAAACUUUGGAAAUCCCCUUGACCCAUUUCAUGGACAUGGCAUACGACGUGACACGUUAUACAACGCCGGACUCAACAAGGAUCUGGAUUGAGAGGUGGGCCCGCCGCGAAUUUGGCGAGCAUGCAGCCAAACCUACUGUCGAUAUUCUCAGUCAAUACGGAAUCUUGCUGGGUCGCCGAAAAUACGAGCUCCUGAGCGAGCUGCCGUUUGCAAUCAGCACCAGCAACUAUGACGAGGCAGAGCGCAAUCUAGACCAGUGGGGAAAGCUGCUCAAGCAAACGCAAGCUGUGUAUGAUUCUCUAGACAAAGCUACACAGACGGCAUACUUCCAGAUGGUCCUACAUCCUGUUCUUGCUGGAAAGACCGUCGUGGACCUAUACACCAAGGUGGCGCUGAACGCGCGCUUUGCCAAGCAAGGUCGGGCGAGCACCAACCAAAUAGCCCUGGAAGCUGGCAACCUCUUUGCUGAAGACGCCAAAAUCACCGACCGAUACCACACCCUCAACGAUGGCAAGUGGAACCAUUUCGUGGAUCAGGCCCACAUUGGUUAUACGUCCUGGAACGAUCCACCAAAUAAUCUUAAUAUCAUGCCAAACGUCACCUAUAUCAGCUCAAGCAAUACAUCCGCUGGCCUCAUGGGUGUUGGCAUCCAGGGAACCACGGCGGCAUACCCCCAGACCAAGGUGCUGACCACGCUCUCGGUUGACCCUUACAUGCCACCCAGUGAGAGCCGCUACAUCGACAUCUUUGCCCGGGACAAUGGGACCUUCGCCUACACGAUCUUCACAAACGUCUCAUACGUAAGCGUAGCGGAGACAAGCGGGAUUAUCGAGGCGCCGGGCAUCAAUUCCGACUCCCGCAACGUCAUCACCGUAGAUUGGGACACAGCACCAGCAGGUCUGUCCCUCGUCAGUCUCAACAUCAUCAAUUCCAUCGACAAUUCCUCCGCCACGGUCAUCGUCCCUGUGAAUAAGACUACCAUUGCUCAAGAUUUCAAAGGCUUUGCUGAGUCUAACGGAGUGAUCGCAAUCGAGGCCUCCCAUUACAGCAGCAUCGCCAACAGCGGAGAGGUUUCAUAUAUCGAGGUUCCUGACUAUGGCCGUACCCUCUCCGGUAUGAAGCUAUGGCCCGUCUUAGUCAAUUCGCAGUCAACAGAUACAGGCCCUGCUCUCAAGUACUCGUUGUAUACUACUACUUCAACCACCAAGGCAAGACUGGUGGUCAUGUUCGGGCCCUCGCUGAAUCACGACCCGUCUAGGCCGCUCAGGUUCGCAUACUCCAUAGAUGGGUCUGCUCCUGUUACAGCUCAGCCCGUAACUAAUAUCCCUAUCUACACUGAGCCCACAGUCUGGCGCAAUGCCAUUGUGUCCGGAGGCUGGACUUCGUUGGUGACCCUUCCUGCGGCAGUUACAGUGGGUGCGCAUGAGCUCACGCUGUGGUUGCUGGAGCCGGGGUUGGUUCUCCAAAAGGUGGUUCUGGAUAUGGGAGGGCUCAAAGACAGUGCAAUGGGGCCACUUGAAAGUAAACCAAUCUGA